AUGCCACGGCUUCUGAGAGACAUCCUCUGCAUCAUCGAGACAUUCCACAAGUACGCCCGCGCGGACAGUGACGAGGCGGCGCUGACGCCCGCAGAGUUGAAACGGCUUCUCGAGGUCGAGCUCGGGGACUUUCUUCAGCCGCAUGUCUUUCAUGCCGUGGAAAGAAAAUUGAACCUUCUGGAUAUUGACAGAAAUGGCACCAUCAGUUUUGAGGAGUUCAUUCUUACCAUAUUCAGUUUAUGGGAACUCUGUUAUCUUGACAUACAAUCAUUAAAUUCAGAGCAAAGACAGGCGUCUAACACCGAGAAGACCAACUCUGUGGACCCCGGGGCAAUCGCCAGAAGUGGCCAGGCAAUAGAAGGGACUCUGCCAGGUCACGGAAUGACAUCGUCAACUCAGCUCGGCCAUGAGGAGGGUGACGCAGUUGGACAUAACCAGGUGAGCCCACGGGAAGACAAAAAGACUCCCAACCUUCCGGGGCAAGCAGCUGAGCCCAGUGGCCCUCAGAGCCGACAUGUGGAAGAUGACGAGCAGGAAGCAGCCCAAGACGGAGCAGUAGCCAGAGAUGACAGGGCUCACCUUAGGACAAGCAGGCCAUUAGAAGGAUCAAAACAGACCAGCACCGUGACAGAGGAAAUCCCCCCAGAGGAAGACAGACCACUCAGGAGGCUGAGCAAUGCCAAGGUGAGAGACCACUUUGCAGAAGAGAACGUGGAGCUGCAAAAAGAGGUAGCUCAGAGCCCCCCUGAAGACCAGGACAUUGCCACCGAGAGAGGUACUGAGAAAGGCUCUAAAUCUCAAGCUCUGUCCCUGCAAGGAGAAGACGAGACCAGCUCAGAGCGCGCCCGCUCGCCAGGGCAGGCGGCUGCCAGGAAGUCAUCUCGGACCCAGGAACUGGCGGAGCCUGUGGAUGCCAACAGAAGAGCUGAGACUCAGGAAGCAGGAAAGGGUCCUGACCAAGCACCACCCGAGACGGCAAACCCAGAUGAGCCAGAGGCUGACCGCAGAGCACCAGAAACCCGCGAAUUAUCUGCACAAGAGAGAGCGCAUGAACCAAGUGACCAGCCAGCCCAAAGCAGCCCCAGGAAUGUCCCCGAAGCCGAAAGGGAAGGGGACAGUAUUCCCGAGGCACAGAAAAAACGUCAAGGGGAAACUCAGCCACCGGCCCUGGAAACCCAAACACAGCACGGGAACUCCCAAGAGCUCCGAGGAACAUCGAGGGAACGAGACGCUGACGAAGGGUCUAGUGCACAAGACCUAAGCUCAGAAGAAGGAAACCAGAACCGCCCUGAACUUGAGGGGAAAGAGACAAGACCUGCUGAGGGGAGCAGAGCAAAAGCACUUGUGAUCAGCCAACAUAGCCCCUCGGCUGAAGCGACACCAGGAGCAAGAGAAAGAAGACACGAUUGGGCACCACUUGGGGAGCAGUCUCAGGAACCCAGUAGGGAGCCCAGGCCUCACAACAAGCCAGUAGGGAAGGAAGACAGCUAUGAGAAGAAGGACUUCAACUCACCAGCUACACAGAAUGAGAGCUCCUGUGAACCUCCUAACAGCCUGGCUCCUGAGACACGUGAACUGCCCAUUCCAGAAGAUUCUCAGAGUCAGGGAGACCCCCGUGGAGGAUCUGUGCAAGGAGAUCACCGUAACAACCCGGGUGCCCAGAAACACGGGGUGCCAGACGAGCGCAGCAGAGCACGGGAAGUCGAAGUUCUGUCCAUGCAAGAGGAGGAUGUGCACCGCCCAGGGGGACAGGAACCAUCUGCCAGAGAACACGACGGUCUGGGUUUAGGUCCCAGAGGAGUCCCAGGGGCAGCGAUGGAGCCUGACGGACACCCGGAAGCACAGGAGUCCACAGAGGAAGGUGACGACAGAGCGUCCCCGGAGGCAGAGAGCUCCAGUGGCCUGGACGCAGGCUUCCCUGAGCAGACUUCCACGGUGACGCUCCCUGGGAAGGAAGGCAGCAGAAAAGAACGCAAGGUCCAUGACUCAGACAGGGAAGAAGAUGACAACCCAGGGACCCAGGAAGCCACACUGAAAAUUCUUGGUGAGGACAGCUCAGCCUCCCCCACAACCGAUCAGAGAAAAGAGGAUCCUGCAACGUUGGAGAAAGAAGAUGAAAGUCCCCAAGAGCCAUCAGAAGUGGAUGACCCAAACAGCAAUGAGUAG